AUUUUAGACGCUUAGCCACAAUAGUGUCGCCUUUGUUUCUUAAGUUCUUGAUACAGUGGCAUUUACUUACCUCUUACUAGCUUGCAUUCAAGACUUCCGUACAUUCAAGUAGGAGUUCAGAACCACGAGUAACGACGACAUCUCUAAUAUCGACAAAACUUCAUUAGCUGACGUCGUUAACCUACUGCAAGACAUGACUGUACCUACAUUGCCUCUCGAGCUUUAUGCUAGGAUAUUUCAAUAUGCACGGCAGUCAGAGCUACUCGCUCUUUGUCUCGUCAAUAAAGAAAUCAACCGCGUCGCUGAACGGAAGCUCUACUCCGAUGUAAUCCUACGCGACGCCCAGGCAGCUUUGCGCUUCUGCCAUUCUAUCGUUGCCAGAGACGGUUACCGCGGUGCCUAUGUUCGCAGGUUCUGGUUUUGGCAUGAGCCAAAACGCGGCGGGCGUAUGCCACUGCUGCCUGAGCAAUUCUGGUCUGCUAUACAGACGGCGCUUUCAAUCAUGACCGAGCUCGAAGAUUUGACGAUCGUGGACACCACCCUCAGAAACACGUGGAUCUUGGACCCAAAGUAUACCAAGUUUCAGCUCCUCACUGCUAGACUCCAUCUGGCCUGGGACUCCAAUCUGGUCUCGUUUAUAGACACCCAGACGCGACUACGCAGUCUGCAGGCUGCGGCACCUUUAGAUGAUGACGAACCUCCAUGCCCUAUUGCUUCCACCAGCCUACGGACCUUGCAAGUCUUCGAAGGUCCGCUUUUGGUAGCUGCGGAACUCCUAAGCUGCCCUUUGACCCACUUACGUCUGUUCGCGGGGGAUGAUACCCUGAGUAUCCUUCCCAUAUUCAUUGAUAACCUCAUUGAGGACAACAAAACUCUCCGCAGUCUCAGCGUGAUCCAUGUACAUCCGCGAAUGGUGCUUCCUCUCUUCGAAGGUCUUACUGCCCACUCCGACUUUGCUUCUCGGCUUCGGUACCUAGGAGUCAUCUGUCUACCUUCGGAACAUCGGGAUAAGCUGCACAAGUAUCUUAUGAAGCUGAACCAACUACAGGUCCUCGAGGUCGAAGCGUCACAUUGGGAUCCACAGCCUAGCCACGCAGCCGCCCAACGCGUCCUAGCCAGUGAAUUACGCAUCUUUUGCCCGUCUCUCCGUCUAGUCGUGUUUUGGAUUGGACAUCGCCAUACCCCCUGGGCCUAUGUUGGGGAUGAAUGGACUCGUGAGGAAUCUAAAUCCACAUCUGCUCAAGAAGACACGCUAUGGCGGCUUGUUUGAAGGCAUGCGGUUGGCAUACCUUCUGCACGAAUCGGUAGACGGAGAUAAAGAAGUCAAGGAAUACGGACCAUAAAGGCCCAUUCGAGUGUAGUAGGUCAAGAUAAUCACCGGAUAGGACUCGAUAUCGGCGAGUCAAAUUGAUAGAUACGCAGCAUCGGUAGAUUAUAAU